CUUCAAACCCGCGGGGAAGCAAGUCGGCAACGGACCAAGAUGGCGACGCCCAGUGAGGGGCAAGCUUUUGCCGCGGGGGUUGAAAAGAAUUGGGGUGUAGUUGUUCGCUCCCCAGAAGGGACGCCCCAAAAAGUCCGGCAGCUGAUAGAUGAGGGGAUUGCCCCGGAAGAGGGGGGCGCGGAAGCGAAGGACACAUCUGCCACAUUCCAGUCAGUUAAUGGAUCGCCCCAAGCAGAACAGCCUCCAUUGGAAUCUACAAGCAAAGAAGCCUUCUUCAGCAGAGUGGAAACAUUUUCUUCUCUGAAAUGGGCAGGUAAGCCCUCUGAGCUGUCUCCACUCGUCUGUGCGAAAUACGGCUGGGUCACCGUGGAGUGUGACAUGCUGAAGUGCUCCAGCUGCCAGGCUUUUCUCUGUGCCAGUUUACAACCAGCUUUUGAUUUUGACCGAUAUAAGGACCGAUGUGCUGAGCUGAAGAAAGCCUUGUGCACCGCCCAUGAGAAGUUCUGUUUCUGGCCAGACAGCCCCUCCCCAGAUCGAUUUGGGAUGUUGCCAUUGGAUGAACCUGCUGUUCUUGUUAGUGAAUUUCUAGAUCGUUUUCAAAGCCUUUGUCACUUGGACCUCCAGCUUCCUUCCUUGAGGCCAGAGGACUUGAAAACUAUGUGCUUGACAGAAGACAAGAUCAGUCUUCUCCUACACCUGCUUGAAGAUGAACUUGACCACCGAACUGAUGAGAAAAAAACUGCAAGCAAAUUAGGCUCAGACAUCCAAGUCCACGUCACUGCCUGUGUCCUCUCUCUGUGUGGCUGGGCGUGUAGUUCUUCUUUGGAACCGCUGCAGCUCUCCCUGAUAAGCUGUUCACAGUGUAUGAGGAAGGUGGGGCUCUGGGGCUUCCAGCAGAUUGAGUCCUCCAUGACGGACCUGGAUGCGUCUUUGGGCCUGACCAGCUCUCCCCUCCCAGGCCCUGAGGGGAAGCCGGAGCGCUUCCCUCUUGUGCCUGAGUCUCCUCGGAGGAUGAUGACCCGGAGCCAGGAUGCCACGUGUUCCCCUGGCUCAGAGCAGGCCGAAAGGAGCCCUGGUCCCGUCAUCUCCCGAACUCGGAGCUGGGACUCUUCCAGUCCCGUCGACCGUCCUGAGCCAGAGUCUGCCAGCCCCACCACGAGAAGCCGGCCGGUGACCCGCAGCAUGGGAACGGGAGACAGCACUGGCCUGGAAGUGCCGUCAAGCCCUCUCCGGAGGGCCAAGCGCGCUCGCCUCUGCUCUUCCAGCAGCUCGGAUACAUCAUCCCGAAGCUUCUUUGACCCCACCUCUCAGCACAGAGACUGGUGCCCGUGGGUGAAUGUCACACUUGGCCAGGAAACCAGGGAACAUGGCGGAACAGAGGUAGACGCCAGUGCCACCUCAGAACCAGGCUGGAAGGCCGUGCUGAACAUCCUCCUGGCCCACAAGCAGUCCAGCCAGCCGGCCGAAACAGACUCCACGAGUCUCUCGGAGAAAUCAAGGAAGGUAUUCCGAAUAUUCCGGCAGUGGGAAUCGUUAUGUUCAUCCUGAAGCUAUUCAGGAUGAAUAUAUUCAGCCCUUCCUGGAGAGAAGCGGAAUGAGUGACUUUGAGAAAUAAAGUCUGAAUUCCUUUUCGGCCAGCUGAUGCUAAGUUUUUCUCCAUUCCGGUUCAAUCAUAAGGAGCCCCUGUCCUUGCAAAAGGCAGUGAGUGUCACUGUCUACAUCUGACUGAGGGGGCGCCUGUCUCCAUGCCGGGGUGGGGACGGGUGGAAUUCAGCAAGCCCACUUCUGUUAAAGGAGUGCGGGGUUAUUCCACCAUCCAGAAGACCAAGGACUUGAGCACUUUUACCCUCUUUCAGUACGCGGCAGUGUUUUGAGGACUCUUCUAUCCCGAGAAUAUGACAAUACUUCAAAGAGAGGUAAUUGG